UCUGUGAAUGGAUAGUGAGGCGAAAAUAAAAUGGUGCAGUGCUCUGGUUCUGGACUCUGGAUGCCGCGUUUUUAGUGAUUUCCUUUGACUGCUGCAAUUGUGUCACUAUCUCAGAUUUAUUGUCGAUAUUGUCAGCACUAAGUUCAUUGAAAAUGGAAACAAAUUCAAAUCCCAUAGUUGAUAUGCAAUCUUGUCGAAUAUGUCUCACUAAUAGUAAGACUUUAUGUCCAUUAUUUAGGUACAAAUUGUCUGGAAACUACGCAGAAAUGCUGACAGCAAUUGCCGAUGUAAAAGUCUCUUGUAAUGAUGGACUACCUGAAAGGAUAUGCCUUAAGUGUUGCACGACUUUGGAAAAGGCGUACUUGCUCAAGACAGUUGCUGAGAGGUCUGACAGAAAACUUAGAAAACUUUUAGCUAAAUCCAAAGGCAAUGUACUAACAAAGAAGAUAGCUUUUGACUCAUUUACUGACAUCAAAAGUGAAAUUGGGACUAUAAGUGUUAAAUCAGAACCCAAAUGGGAUUUAGAAUUGAGUCUUGACAGUGAGAAUAAAAUGCCUGUGGAAACAGUUGAUGGAAAAGAUAUUGUAAUUGCUAAUACUGUAAUAAGAAAGGUUGAUUCUACUAUGGAUGCACCAAAGGUUGAAGUUAUUGGUGAAGGCGAUGCUGCUCAGAUCACUUGGAAUAAAAGGGAACCAUCAGAGGAUUCUGAUGACGACUAUGUGGAUGCUGCUGUCCGAGAUGAUGAUGACGAUGACGAUUACGUCCCACCAGUGGAAAAUAAAAAAAUAAAAUUCAAGAAACCAAAACUGUCUGAAAUAAAGGUUUUCAAGGAGAAACCCAUUGUACGUAAAAUCAAAGUGAUCAAAAGGUACCGAUCAGAUGACAAUGGUUCGAAUUUAUCUAAUUUCAACACAAAAACAACUUCGAUUACAUGCUAUCCCAUUUUAAAGAAUGGCACAAGAGGAUCACCUAUCAUCUUGAAACGCCCUAAAGAUUCAACAUUACUAAAGGUGCACUCAUCAUAUAAGCCUAGAACACAAUCUACAGUUGAUGGACCAAAGGCUAUGCAUAGAGAAAAACCUAUACGCAUGGUAAAAACUGCAACUCCAAAACAGAAGGAAAAACUUGUUUGUCCUGUUUGUGGUAUACUAACAUUUACUUUGGGUAACCAUAUGUCAACUCACCAAGAAAAAAAGCGAUUUGCAUGCCCUCAAUGUCCUAGGACAUUUGCUCAAAAGACAAAUCUUCAGACUCACGUUAAACAGCAUACUGGUAUAAAGGAUCACAUUUGCGAGGUGUGUGGGGCUGGUUUCUACAGUCAGAAAUCAUUAGUCAGACACAAUUUAAUUCACAGAGGAGAAAGACCGUUCUCAUGUAAUUUGUGCAGCAAACGAUUCAUUGCUCGUUGCGAUCUGAAUCGUCAUCUGCGAAUUCACUCCGGUUACAAACCGUUCAAGUGUAACACGUGCACGAUGUCGUUCAAUGCGAAACAUCAGUUACAGAAUCACGAGAGGAUGCACACUGGGGAGCGUCCGUACACUUGUCAGGUGCGUUCACUUUAUAUAUAUAUAUCGUUUUGUGCGUUACAGAUGCAAAGUCUGCGCCGACACAUGCGCAUUCACACAGGGGACAAGCCCUUCAAAUGUGAUAUCUGCAAUAAAAGCUUUAUACAGAACCACCAUCUGCAAAAUCAUAUGCUUACUCACACCGGAGAUAAGCCGUACUCGUGCGAGGUAUGCAACGUUGCCUUCAGCUACAAAGUGAACCUGAACAAUCACGUUUUCAAAGCGCACGGCAUAAAUUUGAAGUUCAAAUCUAUUCACACGGUCACGGAAGAUAUUCUUCGUAGAGAGAUGGGAUUGGAGAACGAAGCGAAUCUUACCAUAGCGCACAUAAUACCGCAAGUGGGAGAAGUGCCGGCCGCAGCCGCACACGAAACCGUUAAUCAUACGUCUGAAUAUUGAUUUUGUGUUUAUAUUCAUUCUCGUUACGUCACUACGGACUACUACAUGGUUAUUGGAUUAUACAGGGCGGGAACGACGGUAUCUUUUUUUUUAAAGGGAUUUUAUGACCUGGUAACUAAGACCUUUAGGUCAAAAUGACGGUAUCGCUUUAAAUCGAACGACCUCAAUGUUGUAAUGUUUCAAGGCCGCACACAAAAUACCAUACGAAUAGCCUAGACCAGCGGCUCUCAACAUUAAAGGUUAAUAAUAAACAGCAUCGCAAUCAAAUUAUUUUAGACAAAUCCGAAACACCCCUACUUACUUAUAUACAAGAAUAUUGAUAGUUCAAGUGAAGGCACCAUUCUUAAAUUAUACAUCACUAGCUGACCCGGCAGACUUCGUAGUACCUCAAUCGAUAAAAUUAAAUAAACGACCUAAGCUUUUGUAUAAAAUAAACUUAAAACAAACAAAAAGAAUCCGUCCGACUGGGGACACAUCAAAGGAAAAAUAAAAUUGUUUGUUUUUGUAUAAUUCCGAGCAUUUUUAUAUUUAUUCACCUUUUAAACCUUCUCUGGACUUCCACGAAUAAUUCAAGACCAAAAUUAACCAAAUCGGUCCAGCUUUUCUCGAGUUUUAGCGAGACUAACGAACAGCAAUUCAUUUAUAUAUAUAUAUAAAUGAAUUGCUGAAUAUAUAUAUAUAUAUAUAUAUAUAUAGAUUAAUAAUAUAUUAAACGUAGUUAUGCUAGUCUCACGGUGGAUGACGGCAUUGUCGUUAUUGAUUUAUGUAUAAGGCCUCCGGUGACCACUUAACACCGGGUCUCCAGUAAGCUAGUCCACUCCGUUAAGCAAUAACAAAGGUUCCCAGAGAAGCAAAUCUUCCCGGUCGUCUUAGCUAAAAUUAUCGUAUUGUAAAUCUCGGUCAUGGGCUUACGACACAAUGUGUUGUGACACGAUGGUUGAGAACCACUGGUUUAGGCAAAGGGUUUUAUAUUAGAUUUUAUGUUUUUAAUCAUGCUGUAGGCUUUAGACAAGACCGGUGACCCAUUUCUAAGAAUAUUUCAAAUAUUCAAAACAUUGUCAAUGCAAUUUUGUUACGAUAAUUAUUAAAAGAUAAUUUUAUGUCACUCUUUUAUUCGUUAAGUGGUGUUCAACUUUGGUUAAAAAUGUUACAUUUUUAAGCAAAAACCAUUUUUUUUAUUGCUUAGAUGGGUGAACGAGCUCACAGCCCACCUGGUAUUAAGUGGUUACUGGAGCCCAUAUAACGGCUACCCCACCCUUCAAACCGAAACGCAUUACUGCUUCACGGCAGAAAUAGGCAGGGUGGUGGUACCUACCCGUGCGGACUCAGGUUUUUAUUUUAUUGCUAGCCACCUAUACCGUCCUACCACCAGUAAGCGGUAUCGAACAUAGAACAGAAGAUAUUGCUGAAUCGCGCUAAUGACAUUUUCAAAAUACAUUCACAUACAAGUUCCGAACAAAUAACAUUUUGAUUGUAGGUCGGUGAAAGAUUUUGUUUUUAUUUAUUUAUUUAUGUACACACAGAAAACAAGACACAGUACAGAGUAAUAGGAAAAUUAUGUACAAAGGCACUGCUUAUUUCUUUGAGAAAUCUCUUCCAGCAGACCUGCGAGAGGAAAAUGAGAAUAAUAAUAAAAAGUGAUAAGUGUGUGUAGAACAAAUAACACAUAACUAAAAUAACAAAUACAACAUUUUAUAGUAUUCCUCCCAAAUAAUAAUUUUUUUUUUUUUAAAUAUCAGUGAUUUCAUUAUUUUGUAUUAGUUAUAAGAGUAGGAAAGGCAGAAUUAAUUUUAUUCUGUCCCGUAAUUCUCACCCUGUAUAAAGCCAUUAGUCGUAUUGUUUACCGAGACUUAUUUUUAAAAACAAGAUUUGAAUUUUCGUAUGUACAGAUUUAUAGCUGACACGAUCGUUUUUCGUUAGAUACGAACUUAAAUUCAUCGGCAAAGCUGAUAAAUAGUUUAAUCACGCCAUUGAUGACGGUAUUGUAACCAAGAAUACAAUGUUACACUCGCAACGUGAUUCUAUGUUUCUUUAUCUAUGAACUUUUAUUAUUUUCUUCAUUUUAACUAUACUUUUAAAAUACGUUAUAACAAUAAACUAUUUUGUGGGUCUGGUAUAGAGUCCGAAGUCUUGUUUCGCUCUUGGGGAAUGAGAUUGCGCCAUCAGCACCAUCUGGUGUGCAAUUAAGACUUUAUGUGCAACAUUGAAUCAAACAAAUAUUAGUGUCAUAGUGAUCUUAUAGGAAGGAAUAUUUUAUUUUCAAGAUAUUUUUGUAUUUUUUUCUGUCCCCCAAAUGUAUCAUAUUCGUGACAUGAUAGCCAACUUUUAUUCAUGUUUUUGGUGAAACAGCAGUGCAGUUUUAUUACAUAUUACUGUUUAUUUGUUGAUUAUAGUUUGUUACUAUAAAAAAUCUGUAAAGAUUAAAAUGUAAAGCAAUAACAGUGGAUUUGAAGUUUUAUAAAAUAAAAAUAAUAAGACAUUUAAA